UUUGUCGAAAUGAUCGCAAACGAUUACAACCUCAACACCGCUGGAAGAGAUCAAGGAUUUACUGAAGGAGUUCCAAGACAUUCUUCCCGACGACCUUUCAAACGAGCUACCGCCAUACCGAACACAUCAACACGAGAUCGUGGAGGAAUCAGGUUCGAAGCCGACCUUCCGAGCACCAUAUCGGCUCAGCCCCAUAGAGCUAGCCAACAUGAAGAAACAGAUCGAGUACCUCAUUGCCAAAGGGCUCAUCCGACCAUCCACUUCACCAUACGGUGCCCCAGUGCUCUUCACACCGAAACCGGACGAAAGUCUGCGCAUGUGUAUCGAUUACUGAGCUCUCAACAAGCAGACCAUCAGAACAAAUACCCGAUUCCACGAAUCGAUGACCUGCUUGACCAGCUUUGGGGAGCAACGGUAUAUUCCAAGCUAGACCUGUGGUCCGGAUACUGGCAAAUAAGAAUGGCGGACAACUCCAUCCACAAAAUUGCCUUCCGAACUCGGUACGGUUCGUACGAGUAUCUGGUAAUGCCGUUCGGACUCACCAACGCACCGGCAACAUUCCAAGUCGAAAUGAACCACAUUUUACGCCCACUCUUGGACGAAUGUGUGGUGGUGUACCUGGAUGACAUCCUCAUCUACUCGCACGACAUGAAGCAGCACGUUGAACACCUGCGAUGCGUUUUCGACAUUCUUCGACGAGAACGAUUCUACGUCAAAUUGUCCAAGAGCGAAUUCGCCCUUGAGAAGGUCCAAUUCCUAUGACACAUGGUGAGCGCUCAAGGAGUUCAU